UGCUACAAUCACUCCAACCCCUCCAGCUUUCUCUUAAUGGGCAUUCCCAGGCUGGAGGCCGCCCACUUCUGGAUCGUCUUCCCGUUCUGUGCCAUGUACGUUGUGGUCCUGCUGGGGAAAUUCACCCUCCUCUUUGUGAUCAUGACAGAGCCGAAACUUCAUCAUCACAUUAGCCUGGACUUGCCCAUGUACUACUUCCUCUGCAUGCUGGCAGGCAUCGAUCUGGCGCUCACCACCUCCACCGUGCCCAAGAUCCUGAGAAUCUUCUGGUUCCACUCCCAUGAAAUCGGCUUCGAGUGUUGCGUGGUCCAGAUGUUCUUCAUCCACAGCUUCUCUGCCAUGGAGUUGGGGGUCCUGCUGGCCAUGGCCUUCGACCACUACUUCGCCAUCUGCAAGCCAGUGUACUACACCACCAUGCUCACCAAUGCCGUCAUCGCCAAGAUCGGGCUGGCUGUCUUUGUGUGGGGCAUUGGGCUGAUGACCCCCUUGACGUGCAUGGUCAGUCGCCUGCCGUUCUGCGGGCCCUGGGUCAUCUCCCAUUCCUACUGUGAGCACAUGGCUGUGGUGAAGCUCGCCUGUGGGGACAUCAUGCCCAACUAUGUCUACGGGAUAAUGGCCGCAACAUUUGUGGUGGACUCAGACUCCAUCUUCAUCGCCAUCUCCUACAUCCUGAUCCUCCGGGCUGUCCUUAGCCUUUCCUCCAGGGACGCGUCCCUGAAAUCCUUCAAUACCUGCAGCUCCCAUGUGUGCGUCAUCCUGGUCUUCUACACUUCAGUGCUUUUCUCCUUCUACACGCAGCGCUGGGGCCAGAGCAUCCCCACGCACAUCCACAUCCUGCUGGCAGACCUCUAUCUCUUGGUGCCGCCCAUGCUGAACCCCAUCAUAUACGGCAUGAAGAUCAAGCAGAUCAGGAGCCGGGUCAACAACACCUGGUAA